AUGGAAGCGAAGAAAUUGGAUACGAAGUUGAAACAAUUAAAGCUUACUGUAGAUCGAACAGGUACGAUUGUCGAAUCGAAUCAACAAGAUGCAAUCGAGAGACAUUGUGCUACUAUCAAAUCUAUAACAAAUAGCAUAAACGAAAUGCGAGUAGCUGUCGAAGAGAUUAAAAUACAAGCCGAGACAGACAUUACGGAAAUUACAACUUGGAACACGGAAAUCGACAAUAAACUAGCGGAGUCGGAUAAAGUCGUCGAAGAACUGAGAACAUGGCUUGAUCAGCGUCGAAAGGACAAGGAUAACGUAGCGAGAGAAGAACAAAUUCAAUUUGAAACAAUGCUUUUCAAAACAAGAAUGGAAUUCGAGACGAAGUUAGCAAGUGCGAAAGUGGAAACACUGACGAUAAAUAAAGAGGGGAAUUUGCAAGGUGAGUCGCAACAAAGUACAUUAGCUAAACUACCGAAGUUAGUUAUUUCAAAAUUUGGUGGAGAUUUUCAAGAUUGGCAAAGGUUCUGGGGACAGUUUACAGAAACAGUCGAUAAAACUAAUAUGCCCCCCAUCACGAAAUUUACCUACCUCUGUGAGUUGCUUGACCCCAAGAUAAAGCAUGUUAUUGAUUCAUUACCCUUCACUACUGAAGGCUACAACAGGGCAAAAUCUAUCCUGAAAGAUCGCUAUGGGAAAGAAUCGGAAAUUAUUAAGUCGUAUGUCAAGGAUAUAAUGGAUUUGCCAUAUAUUCACGGUGCAAACCCCAAGAAAAUUCGAGAUUUUAGUGAGCGUCUUAACCAUUGUGUGCAAGCACUGCAAACAAUGAACAGACUGAGUCAGGUUAACGGCAACGUCGCGAUGACGUUGGACAAACUCCCCGGGAUUAGGGGGGAUCUUGUUCGAACAGACCCUGACUGGGAGAGGUGGACCUUUGUCCAGUUAUCAGAGGCAGUUCGCCAGUGGGUCAAGAGGAACCCCGUGGACCAAAGUCGUACAGAUCGAGAUAAAGAUCGACAAAUCAAAUCCUUUCAUGCGAAGUCACGUGAAUGCGUUUAUUGCGGUGACGUAACUCAUAAAGCAGGGAACUGCACCAAGAUUACUAGUGUGACAGAACGGAAACAAAUUCUAGCAAGAAAACGAUUAUGCUUCAAUUGUGCGAUUGGAACCCAUCGUGCAGCUGAGUGUUCCAGCAAGGGAUCCUGUCAAAAUUGUGGAAAACGACACCACACUUCCAUCUGUGAUACAUCAAAAGUCGAAGGAAAGGAGCAAGUUAUGACUACAAACCAGUCGAGCGAAAGCGUGUUGCCAGUUAUUGUUAUCAAGGUGAACGGAGUCAAGUGUAGAGCGUUAAUCGAUACAGGAUCUGGGAGCUCAUAUAUUUCAGCGAAACUCGUAGAAGUAGUGAAAGCGAAACCUAUUUCGACACAAACAAGGCAAGUUGAAAUGCUUAUGUCCUCGAAGAGUGUACGCAUGGACAUAUACGAAUUGAACACUGAAUCCGUUGACGGACAGUACCAAAUGCCAGUGAAGUUCAUCAAAGUGAAUAAACCAGAACUUCUCACUGUUGAAAACCCAAAUUACGCUGACCUCAUACGAGACAACGCCCAUCUGUCUGAGGUGAUAAUCGCGGACAAAGACACCAAGAGUCAACUUCCUGUGCAUGUUAUCUUUGGAAGUGGCGAAUACGCACGCAUCAAGACCGAGACGAAACCUUGUGUGAGAAAGGAAGGUGGCCCAGUCGCGGAGCUGACGAAGAUGGGAUGGUUCAUAAUGAGCCCUGGAACAGAGUUCGACCGGAACCGGAUGCUGUUGACGCAAACUUCACAAAGUGAUUACGAAGGUUUAUGUCGAAUGGACAUUCUUGGACUUGCUGAUGCAGCUGAGAAUGACCAAACUAUCGUGCAUGCUGAGUUCAAGGAGCAACUUCACCGUGACAAAGAAGGCUGGUACGAGACAGGGUUACCUUGGCGAGCUAACCAUCCAGAUUUGCCGAAUAACGAACAUGGAAGUCUACAUCGAUUGAGCAAGCUAGAGAAAAGUUUACAGCGAAAGGACUUAACGGUAGCGUAUAACGAAGUUAUUGAGAGUCAAGUAAAAGAAAAUAUCGUUGAGAAAGCUCUGUCAAAGCCUCGGGUCAAGAGUUCUAUAUUCCGCACAAACCGGUUGUGCGAGAAGCGGCAUCAUCGACAAAGUUACGAGUCGUUUAUGACGCGUCAGCACGUGCGUCUCCUGAUUCCCCAUCCCUCAACGAAUGCCUUAACCCCGGACCCCCACUUCUCAAUCGACUAUGGGAUGUUCUAGUCCGACAACGCGUUUAUCCAGUUGCAGUAACCGGAGACAUUCGCCAAGCAUUCUUACAAAUACGUGUACGAGAAACCGAACGAGAUGCCCUAAGAUUCCAUUGGCGGUCGGGUGAAGAAGCUGAAAUCGAGACAUACCGUUUUACGCGGGUUCUGUUUGGUCUUGCCCCUUCUCCGUUUCUCCUCAACGGUGUUCUAGAAGCUCAUCUUGACACAUGGGAAUGGAGAUGUCCUGAAGUCGUAGCUGAGCUGAGAAAGAGUCUAUAUGUCGAUGACCUUCUGUCAGGUGGACAAACAACCGAGCAAGCACAACACACGAAGGAAAUGGCCAGUGAGAUACUUCAAGACGCCACAUUCCAACUACACAAGUGGAAUUCCAAUGUUCCUGAACUGGAAGACAAGACCACAACACAAGCAGAAGACGAGCAGACCUACGCGAAGCAACAAUUGAAUGUAAACCAACAAGAUUCAAAGAUACUCGGGCUGAAAUGGAAUAAGCAACAGGACAUUUUGAGUGUAGUAGUCCCCAAAGAAGAGGUUCAACCGACAAAACGUGGAGUACUCGGAAAGCUAGCCAGGAUCUACGACCCUCUAGGACUUAUCGCACCAGUGACACUCGAAGGUAAACAAAUCUACCGAGAAGUCUGUGAAUCUCAAAAGGCGUGGGAUACCCCAUUAAACGAGAACCUUCAACAACGUUGGAAAAAAUGGGAGGAAGAAACGCUGGGGGAAUAUUCAGUACCAAGAUCAAUCACUCGUCAUCAGGAAGAAAUCGAAGCUGUAGAGCUACAUGCAUUUAGUGAUGCCUCUAUGAAAGGAGUUGGAGCGGCUGUUUAUUCGGUGGUUCAUCAACCUUCUGGAACCACUCAAUAACUUGUAGCAGCGAAAGGUCGUCUUGCCAAGAAAACCUUAACAAUACCUAGGCUUGAACUGGUUGGCGCGCACAUGGCUACUAACCUGCUUAUCAAUGUACGAAACGCCCUUGAUAAUAUCCCAACACCACAACUAUUCGGGUGGAUUGACAGUACAGUUGCCCUACAUUGGCUCAAAGGGAACGGUCAGUAUAAACAAUUCGUGGCGAACAGAGUGGCCAAGAUACAGUUACACAAAGAAAUCCAUUGGAGAUAUGUGCCCACAAGUGAUAACCCCGCUGACCUGGCAAGCAGGGGUGGUCAAAUCAAACAGAAAGCGCUUUGGGAGAAUGGUCCAAAAUGGCUUCAAGACGAGAGUGAGGGGCCAGAAAAUUUGGUGACGAAAGCUUCGCCAUCCUCAGAGACGGAAGCAAGAGCAACAAAGGAACUAUUAAAUGUCGUAAAUGUCAAGGACGAUGCCGACGAAUUCGAUCGAUUACUGGAACGCUUAAACUUAAGACGAGCCUGUAGAGUUGGGGUGUGGAUCAAGAGGUUCAUACACAACUGCAGAAAUAACGACGAAAGGUCCGGACCAAUUACGACGGAAGAAGUAAUCAGAGAACGCGAUUGGUGGAUUCGGCGUGUUCAACAACGAGUACAGAAAGAACCACACUAUCCAAAGUUGGUGGAAGAGUUAGGAUUACGUACUAAUGCAGAUAA